GAGAGCUGCGUGCAUUUGACGAGAGGGGUCUGAGAGUAGACUCGCAAUCUGGCAAGAUAAUGCAAGAAAGACGCAGCGAUUUCCCUUCAGUGUCGGGGUCAGCGUUUGUAGAGUCGAUUGCCAGGAUCUUAUUAUGAAAUCAGUGUAGCCAUAGCGGUGGUUACAUUGCAUCCAACAUUGGAAGAACGUCUUUAAAAUGGCUGAUGGGAAAACUUGAUUAAACGUGGUCGUCUGGAACGAUUUCAGCCACUCGAACUGCAGUAAUUAGAGGACGUUCAACUACCUGUAGGAUUCCAGCGGUUCAGGAGAAAAGAGCUAUAUAAACACAAAUAUUGUACUUUACACAGUGAAGUAACGUUCAUCUUUCGAUUUAAUAUGUUUAGUUGAUGAUCCUUUCCAAAGAAAUAACUAAAGCGUCAUAAAAAUUGGACCGAGCAACACGCACGUUCGAUCCGGUUGCUUCUCAAUCCUAAUCGUCCAGUGCAUCCCUUCGCCAUUUUUUGGGACUGAAACCCGAAAGAUUCACAGAGACCAGCCACUUCCAUGGAGUGAGCGUCCCUCAAUGCGUCUUCUCAUCAAAACCGAAGGAGUAAAUCGUGGUUUAGUGGGAUUUCCUCCGUGCGCCAUGUAGGGAAUCCGCAGUGUCCAAAGCACGGCGCGCUGUGUGAAGUCCUUGCUUUUGUCAUCGCAGAGAUGCCAGUGCGCGCCGUGCCCACCAGGUUCAUGUACAGGGGACCCUGCUCGGUGCCCGACAUCCUCUCAUACAGGACUCCUGUCAACCUCCCCGAGGAUGAAGUGGAGGAGAUCCGAGAGGCCUUUAAAGUGUUUGAUCGUGAUGGAAAUGGAUUCAUCUCAAAGCAGGAGCUGGGCAUGGCCAUGAGAUCUCUGGGCUAUAUGCCCAAUGAGGUGGAGCUGGAGGUCAUCAUCAAGAGACUGGACAUGGAUGGUGAUGGCCAGGUGGCUUUUGAGGAGUUUGUAACUCUGCUUGGCCCUAAACUGACUGCAGCUGGCAUGCCUGACAAGUUUCACGGAACAGACUUUGACUCCGUUUUCUGGAAGUGUGAUAUGCAGAAGCUGACAGUGGAUGAGCUAAAGAGACUGCUAUACGAGACGUUCUGUGACCAUUUGACAAUGAAAGACAUUGAAAACAUCAUCAUGACUGAGGAGAGCCAUAUGAACAGCCCUGAGUGUCAAGUUAACAUUGACACAAGCCCCAUGCAACAAGUCAAGCACACAUGUGUGCGAAAGAGCUUGAUUUGUGCCUUCGCCAUUGCAUUCAUCAUCAGCGUCAUGCUUAUUGCAGCUAAUCAGAUGCUCCGACGAGGGAUGAAGUGAGUGAGUCAACCUCCCCAUCUCUGUGCAUUCACGUCAGUAAAUCUAGAAUAUCCAUUUCUAUGCUCCCCUUCAUAUUUAAAAUUUUUGCAGCUAACAUACUGACACUGGUGUAAAGAAAGAGAUACAAGGUUAACUGUGGGCUUUAUGUAGCCUUUAGGCCCUUAACUUAUUUUGUCAUAAAUAAAAUAAAUAGUAAAUAUUAAUGCAAAUAGUUACAGUCAUUUUAAAACGUGUGUUUUAUUUCAUCAUGGUACAGAUACAAUAACUAUAUGUUGCUUAAACAUGUUUGAAGUAACACAUGGUUUUGUAGUAAACAAAAAGAAGCAGUUGGAUGGAUUAGCAUGGAUUUGCAGAAUCUCAUUGAGCUUUUCCAAAAACCCUGAUCAUCAUCCAGAGUUCAGGUCAUUGUACUGGCAGGCAGGGUUAGCAAGGGUAGAUCCAUCCAAGUUAAACCACACCCAGAGAUCAAAAUCAGUAAAUAUAAAAUACACAAAGGAGGACUAAAAAUCAAUUAAGAAAAUACUAGGAAACAACAAAUAAAUCGCUCAGAGUUGCUGCACAAACAAAUGCAUGACUCAAUUCCAAAAUCUAAUGUAAUCAAAUGUAAACUAAAACAUACUGUUGAAAAGAACACAAUGAAACAAAAGUUUUGCAAUGAAAUGCAAUCAUCGCGAGAAAUCAUUUUACAAAAAUUUACUAAAUAUUUAAUUUGGUAUAUAUAAAGAUGUAAUAGGGUGUAAUGAUAUUACCCUAUUUUGAUUUUAAAUAUAAAUGUGGCCAUUCACAAGGCAUCACAUCCUCACAUAUACAGUCUUCUUUUUCUUGACCAAAAUUAUUUCUCCAUUAUUGCUUUUCAGGUUUCUUCGACACAUACUAAUAUUGUUUUAUUUUGUAUCAUUUAUGCUUGGCAUGAAAGGUUAAAGGCACAUUACAAGCAACAUAUAAUGAGGGGAAAACUAUAAUAUAGUUAAAUAAACUAUAAAUAUUAGUAAAUAGUAAUCAUACUGUGUGUUUUACUUUACUUGAAGCAUUAUGUAAUUCUUAAAUAACUACACUGUUUUAGAAAAAAGUGCUUUAUAUUAUACACAAAUCAUAAUAUUUGAAUUAUGUUUGUAAAACUGCACCAUUCUGAAGUUGCUCAUUCAACUGCACUUUGCAAUGUUCGCAUAAAUAAUUAGAAUUUUUAUUCUCAUAUUUAUAGUCAGAAUAAACAUUAAAAUGCACUAAAUUAAGAUCUUCCAGUCCUAUGUAAACAGUUCUUCCAGUCACUUUUCUUUGUUUUCAGAAACAUUUCUGAAUCAUACCAGAAUAAUGUAAAUGAAAUGCAUAAAGUCAAAUUGUAGUUAAAUAUAAGAUUUUAUUACUCAUUGAAAUAUUUCAUCUUUGAAGCUAUGAGGUCUGAGAUUUACAUCACUGAAUGUAGCAUUAGUGCAGACCAUAGAUACAAACAGUAAAACAUAUUAUGUAUUUAAAUUAUAAAUAGUAUUUAUAAUUCAUUGCUGUUUAUAGCUUCACUACUUACUAAUAUGCUUUUUUUCUGCUUUCUUAAUGGAUCCUUGUUGAACUAACCAAUGGUAUUUAUUCUGUUGACUAAAAAAGCUGAUUUGAACUAUAUGCUUAGUAAUAGAAUGUAGUAAUGAAAUACUACUUAAUACUAUACUAUCUGAAACCAAUUGAAAUGCACAAAUAAAUGAAUGUAUGUAUGUAUGAAUCCAAAGUAGGCUUGACAUCAUACGUCAAUCGUUUUGGUUUUCUAAAA